AAUGCAAAAAAUAAAGUAAAAAUUUGGGAUCCUAAAAUAAAUUAGGUCCAAUGUUUAAAUACAACUCAUGGCUUUGGGCCAAGAUAACCAAAAGCCCAAUCCCCUCCUCUCUUCUUCUUUCUUCCUCACGAGAAUUUCCACUCCAGAUGCAGCACCUUCAAUCUUCCAACUUCCAUCCCACUCUGCAGCCGUUACCUACAAAUAAACACACCAAAUUAAUGGGAUUAAAUCCCAAUUAACUUCCUGAUUUUGCUCCCUCAAAGUCACGGCUGAUCACUCUUCCUCAUCACACUCACAUUUUGACUCACUAAGCAAAAACAAGAGCCGAGAGAGAGCCGAGAGAAGAAGAAGUAGAAGAAGUUGCUGCCAUUCUUUCUUUCCAAACCAAGUUCAGUUCUUUGAGUUUUAGAUCCGGUUGCUAAGUGGAUGGGCCAUACUCCGACGAGGACAACAUCUUGGGUAGGCGACUUUUUUUUGAAAGGUAUGCCGGUGUAACUCGUUUAUCACACAUUUCCUCUCUGUAGCAUUGAUAAAAAUGUUACAAAUGUCACUGCGAUUUACCGCUUAAAUCGACGGGAGGGGUACCAGAGGGAAUUACGGAGAAGUGAUAAGGACAUAUUCGUCAAACGCUCGUUUUUGGUCCUUUUUAUUGAAUCUAUCCCGAUGGAAUUGUAGGAGUAGCAGUUAAUUGUAGUAUGCUAAUAAUUGUUUUGUAUGGGUGGAAUUCGUAUUGAGAAAGUAGCUAUAAGACUCUGUUAGGUUUGUGUGUAGUUAAAGAAAGGGAGUUUUCUACUAAUAGAAAGAUAUGGCUAAUGAGAUUUUUCAUAAUAACCCAUUAUAAACUGAGGCCCAUCACAAACACAAUAAAUUUAAAAUUGUAGCCUAAUACCGGUUCUAUCUUCUUCUUCCUCCUCUUUUUCUCUGGUUUCGGCGUUUACAGUAUAAUAAUCACCACCAUUUCCUUCGAAGAAUUUGCGUAUUUGUGUCUGUUCUGAGAAAUUCUGCGUUUUGCCUCUUACAUGAUUCAGAUUGAAGAAAGUGUUGAAUGAAAGAAAUGGAUAAAUUGCUGUUCUGAGAAGAGAGAUGACGUGCUUCUAUGCAUCUCAAAGUCAAUUAUGAAUGAGAGAUAGCUAAUAAAGUGAAUGAUUUAAUACUCUGGUUCAAUAGCUAGUAAUUCAGAGUAGAGACUGAUGCUAGGUGACUCUUGCUACUGAUCUUAACUGAAACCUGGUUCACUUAGAUUAUGUCGAUUCUAAGUUUUAUAUAGUUCCGUCUAAUUAUCAACUCUAGCAAUGUCUGGUUAGAUAAGUCUGAAUGUUGAAUUUGCAAUCACAUCCUGAACUUUUGCUCCAUCUUCUUCAGCGUUUUAAUGGAUAUGCUAGUAAGUGCUCCAAACAAGUCGAACAAGUUCAUUCCUUGUUAAUUACCCAUGGUUACCUUCUCAUCAGAGAUCUAUGGGUCAAUACUCUCCUAUAUAAUACUCUCGUCAGAACAUAUCUAAACCUUUCUAGACCCCACAGUAGCCUCAGCCUCUUCAGGGAGAUGCUUCACAAUCAGGCUGCUCCUAGUAGCUACACUUUUCCUUCUGUUCUUAAGGCCGUUGCUUCUUCUCUCUCAAAGUCAUAUGGUACAUCACGAAUAGGUUACUCUUUACAUGCACAAUGUGUUGAAAGAGGCCUGCUAGGUGACCCUUUUGUCCGUACAUCGUUUCUUUCUCUUUAUUCACAAUUCGGUGAUAUAAGAAGUGCACAUAAGGUCUUUGAUGAGAUACCUCAACCAUGCAUUGUUUCAAUUAAUGCGAUGCUUGAUGCAUUUGGAAAAAGUGGCAACAUGGAUUUAGCUAUUUCGAUGUUCUUUAGCAUGCCGAAGAGAGAUGUUUAUUCAUGGACAAGUAUCAUUAAUGGCUAUGCACAAAAUGAGUGCUUUAUGGAGGCAAUUAAGUUUUUUGCGAAAAUGAUGAGAGAUGAGGAUGUAAUUCGUGGCUUUUUAAGGCCGAGUGAGGCCACUUUUGUAAGUGUCCUCUCUUCAUGUGCGAAUUCGGAUGAUGGGUCGGUGUUGUAUCAAGGAAAGCAAAUUCAUGGAUACAUGGUUAGGAAUGAGAAGGAGUUGAGUGUUUUUAGUGGAACAACAUUGAUAUCGUUCUAUGGGAAAAUGGGUUGCCUAAGUUAUGCUUUUCAAGUGUUCAAUGGCAUGUCCGUGAAAAAGGUAUGUGCGUGGAAUGCUAUGCUAUGUUCAUUGGCUUCAAACGGCAGGGAAAGUCAGGCUCUAGAGAUGUUUGAGAAGAUGAAGAGCUCGGGGUUGUGUCCUAAUGAAGUUACAUUUGUAUGUGUCCUGUCAGCUUGUGCUCGGGCUAAACUUGUGGACUUAGGCAUGGAAUUGUUUCAAGCAAUAUCUCGUGAUUUCUCCCUUAAACCAACAAUGGAACAUUAUGGAUGUGUGGUCGAUCUGUUGGGCAGAGCUGGCCUUCUAAAAGAGGCAUAUGAGUUUGUGAGAAGCAUGCCUUUUGAGGCUGAUGCCUCUGUAUUGGGUGCUCUUUUGGGUGCAUGUAGGGUUCAUGGGGAUGUCGAUUUGGGAAAUGAAAUUGGUCGUCGGUUGCUUGACUUGCAACCCGAACAUUGUGGACGGUAUGUUCUGCUGUCCAACAUUUAUGCUGGGGCAGAGAUAUGGGACCAUGCUGCUGCCUGGAGGAAAACAAUGGUCCAUGCUGGAAUUCAAAAGAUUCCAGCAAUUAGUAUGGCUGAUUAA